AUUGUAUACACAGCCCAACCGUUUCAGUCUUUCAUUCCUCCAUGCGGACUCCUCUCUCCCUCUUCAAUGGCUAAAACCCAGAAGAAAACCCAUCAAACCAAACCCAAAAUUUCCUGUUUCCUGAUCCCGGCCUGCUGCUACGGGUAUUCUGAAGAAGUUUCCGAGCGAAACUCCGUCAAAACCAUCCGAUCCGAUGGGAAGAAGAACACGGGUUGGUUUUUCUUGCCCAGUUUCCGAAUGAAGAAGUCCACCGGCGCCAAAACCGUGCCGGUCGAAUCCACUCUAUCCGAGAAAGCAGACCCGAAACACAAAGUCCCUGCAUGGAGGUCAAAGCCCGACAAGCUCACUUCGAAGCCUCAAGCUCCGGUACACAAUCAUGAGCCGCCGAGUCAGAUUCCGGUGCCUGAGCCGGUUCCCUCGGAUCAAACGCCUAAGGCCAAGGAAAAACCUCAAGAGACAACGUACGGGCAAGCACGGAACAUCCUCCUUGAAAGACGGGAACAUUUGGAUCAUUCGGAUAUUCCCAAGGAAGACACGUGUCAUAAACGGUUGUCUUUACGCCGGAGAAAAGAAGCCAUAAGAACCGGGUCCAGCCAACCCGGUUCACCGGAGAACAUUUACAAGCCGGCCACUUCCCUCGCCGCGAUUUCACCCACCUUAUCUCUACCCGUGUCGGUGUCCGAGAACUCUCGAGCGAUGCCGAAGAAACCCAACCGGCACCGGGAAAACGAAUCAUCGGCCGAGAAACUCGACCCGGUGGUGGGUUUGUCCAUUAUCAUGAUAACCUUGAUGAUAAUGUUGGUUUGGGGUCGAUUGUGCGCCGUUCUUUGUACGUCGGCAUGGUUCUAUUUUGUUCCUCGUUUAAGCAAUGCGAGCAAAUCGCACGAAACUGUCGGAAAGGACCCAAAUUCACACGAUCAAGAUUAUGAUUCAGAGGAGCACAAGAAGAGAGUGGUCAUGGAAGGAUUUCUCGAGAGAAACAACCACCGCACGGGUACAUUGUAAACUUUGUGGUGGUCGUUUGGGAGUUCAUUACUGUAAGUUGACGUGUUUGUUAUGAAAGUGAUCAGUCAGACUACAAUAUUUGUAUGUAUAUUAUAAACUGCAGAAACAUGUCUAUAUGAUACCAGUUUGUAUCAUUUUGAUUUUUUUUUCUUAAAAAAAAUUUUGAGAUGUUGCUCUUUCA